AUGGCACAGUCACUGUCUACGGAGCCGUGCUCUUCGCUAAGCGCGCUGGCCGAAACAGAUACCACCCCGUCGAACGUGGUUGAUGAAGAAAGCAACGAUGGAAUCGAACAGACCCGACCCAAGCGGAACGAGCGUCACGAGAAGCUCGGCUUUAAGCCACAGAAGGAACUGUUCUGCAACAAAUUUCUCCCGUACGCCGACAAGCUGGAUGAUGAAUCGCAGGCCAACCUAGAAAGCAUCAAGAACAACCUGGGCAAAGUGGUGGCGAUGCGCGAAAUGGGACCUGCGGUCAUGAUGAGCAUCCGGAACUUGGUGACCUACAUUAAACUGUAUGGCAUGAAAUUUUCCAAAGAGGAUCACAUAAAGUUUGUGCAGCUGCUGUUGGAAAUGUUGGUUAUCCCCAAACUCGACCCGGACGCAAUAAACAAGAUCAGUGAAGCCAUAUUUUUUCUGCUCAGAAAACGCGAAUGGCUCAGCACGGAUGAUUUGCAGAUCGAAUGGAGACCGCUGUACGAUCUGUUUUAUCUGCUAGUGUCGCGGUUGAGCAAAAAGGGCGAACUGUUCAACACAACAUCGAAGAACCAAAACGAUAACCUUAACUCACCGUUGACAUUGUUGCUUGCCGCUGCCGCCGAGAAGAUGGGCUAUGAUGUGUCGACCGUGGCACAGUACCUCGGUAUCGAGAUGGACGCCGAUGGACUGGACAAAACAACCAUGGAGGGCAAUUUGCAGUGUGCGAUACAGGUGUGUACACCUUACUUCCCACCUUCGGCCACCCAAGAAAUAUUGGACGAACUGCUGUCCAAGUUGCAGCCACUCGAUAAUGGAAGUGGAUGUGAGGUUGUCACCAUACUGAACAUCUUCCUCAAUUACGAGCAGGGAUACGAGCUGUGGUUCGAUAAGCUUAUGUCCAUCUGGAACGGGUACCACAAUCCACCGUGGGCGGGUGAUUUUAUGACGAUGUACGCGGUGGUUGGCCACAAGAACCUGGGUCACAUUGAUUGGGAGCCACACAUUCCGACCAUGUUUGCGCGUAUAACGCGCUCGAUCAACUUCCCCGUUCACUAUCGGAAUACGACGGGUGGCCGAGCGAACGGGAUGCCAUCGGAUGCCAUUGCUACGUGGAUUGUGUCAGCAUUGGGACCGCACAGCAGUGCGCAGAAGUAUCUUAACACAUUCAUGUCCACGAUCGAGACAUACCUGCAUCCGGCAAACGCGGGCAAGUGGGUGAAAAUGUUGGGCGAACUGUUGUGCAUGUUGCCUCGGUUCUUUAUCGAUCGGCUCGUUAUCGAGCGGUAUCGUAAGGGGCACCAUAUACGGCCGAUACCGAACGAACACAAACUGACGGAGGAAUGUAUUACGGCGUUUGUGGAGUGCAUGAAACCGGCCGCCUUACAGGCGAUGUAUUCGCGCCUUAACGCGCAAGAGGUUGGGAAAAUUUUCCAAUGUCUAGCCGAUCUUCGUCCAGCCCUGAUAAUUCCAAGCAUUAUCGACCGGGUGUACAUGAGUCUGGAUUCACUGACGGAACCGCGGAAACUGACGGCGGCACUGCACGGGCUGAUCGGUGUAUCGAGAGCGCUUGUUUCCGGCCACAAGGGUUACACCGAGGGCCGUACGCAUGUGAUACCGCUGUUUUUGGCCACACUGCCCGGAAUCGAUGGGAACGAUCAGAUGAAAACGGUCAUCACGUUCCACUUCCUGACGUCGGUAGCGUUCCUGAUACCGAUCAUCGAUUGUUCGCAGGCGGGCCAGUACCACACAAAUCUGACAGAUGACGAUCGGCUGCUGUGCGAACAGACGGCAGACUUCGAGAACUUCACGCUGCAGUAUCUCGAUCGUUUGUUUUUACUGAUCGAUAACAGUUCAACCAACAAUGUGCGCAUGGAACAGUCCGAUCUGGACAUGGCACGGUCGAAAGCGGAAUCGCUGCUGGAACCGAUGGUGCAGACGUGCACGCACGGCAUCUUUGGACAGGCGUCUGAAAAGAUUGUGGCGUCCGCCGCGAAGAAGGUGAUGGAGUUCGUCCGUACGCGCCUAUUUGAACCGAACGUGGCCGGCCAGCUGGUCGGUUGUCUGGUGCGACUGUUUGCCCGCAUCCACGGUAAGGAAGUGCUGCGUGUGCUGCUACCCCACGUUCUGCGCCAGAUUGAGGAUUACAUGGCGGAGCACGACGAUGUUGAGUCGCUGGAGAAACACAACGACGAGCUGCUGUACUAUUUGGUGCUGUUGAUAAACCUGGUGCGAGGAGAUCCGUUCGUGUUUCGGAACUAUAUAGGCGAUGUGCUACCGACGCUUGACCGAUUGAUACGGUUCAAGUGCAAGCGUGUAGCACGCUACGUGUCGCAGAUUGUCGGCAAUCUCAUGAGCAACUUGUCAACGUUGCAAACCAUGGAUGUACGCAACAGUCCCGACUGCUUCCAGAAGCCACUGUCCGAGGUAGUGCCGGUGCAGCGAUGGGGUGAAAAAAUGGCCUCGGAUGGCAAGAUUGAGUGGCGCAUACCCGACGAAACGGCACUUAAGGUGUGCGAGCGGAUAAUGCAUCGCUAUCUGCCGGCUUUGCUCAAAAAGCUCGACCGUCACAGUGCUGGUGAGGUGACGUUGCCCCGGGAGGAGUUGCAUCGUACGGUUAUGCUGGUGCAUUCAUUGAUACGAUGCUACAACUUUCUGCCCAACUGGACAGAUGAGGAACCGAUCGCGCUGUUCGAAACAUGUGCAGAUUUAAAGGAACUACAGCUGAAGGUGACGCUUGGUUUCGAGGGGUUGGAAAUAUGCAUGCCGAACGGGGAGAAUGUGAGGAAGGCUAUCAUACGGACGAUAUCGCGUCUGCAGGAUCACAUUUUAAAGGAAUCGGAAGACGACACGCAAACGCUGAAAGCGAUCAUCACACUGUACGAGAAGGUGCUGCUACGAAAGCACCCGAACGGUUCGUACGAGCUGCAGCUGAAAACGUUCAACUGUACCAAACGGUUCCAGACGUAUCAGUUGACACGGUGCAAGCAUGAUGUGCGGGCCGUGGUGGUAUCACGCGUUAUCAUUCAGCAGGACUGCCGGGACGAGAUGAGCUUACCGCUGUUCACUGCGACCCAUCUGGAAAUUAUGAACAAGCUGCUCGAGCUGUCGGUAUCCUAUUAUGCGACGGUGCGCAUCGAUGCGCAAACCAAACUGCACGAUAUGCUGUACCUGUUCCCGUACGCCUAUCCGCUCCUGACCGAUCGUAUCGUCGAAUGUUUGCAGCUGGAUGCAGAACGGCACCACGAGCAGGUCAAGGGUAUACUAUGCCUGCUGUUUAUCAAACGUCGCGGGCGAUUGAUCACGCAAAACAACUGGCAAUAUCUGGCCCGCAUUUGGCCGGCGCUACUGCGUUCGAAGCUGUCGGAGAAACCAUCGAUCGUGCGGUUGGUGGAUGGAUUGAAGAAGUUGAUAGAUGGUCAGUCACCGACCUAUCUACUGGAGGUGGACAUUGGCGAGAAGGUGGUGGAACGGGCACUUGCCCUGCGGACACGCACGGACGAGCUGGAUCUGGUGGCCGGACAGCAGGCACGAGAGCGCGAAAACAAGCGUAACGUGGCGCUGCUCCAACAGUUAGUAGCGGACAUUGUUCAGACGGUCGAAACGAGCCGGUUACACCUUCGGUAUCACUAUCUCGCGUCGGUGAUGUUGAUCAAUUUGUGUCACCCGUAUGCGGAACAUCCACCGUCCGUUACCCGGCUGGCCGUGCAGAAUCUAAUUCACGAUGCCGUCAUCGAACGCAAGCUCGCCAUUCAGCUGGUGCUGGGCAUAUUCCGUCAGCAGAAGCGUCCGCAAAAGAAACUCGUUAUGAAUCCGCUCGAAAUUGUUGCCCGUAUCGCGGCCGGACCUAAUGCACCUGCCGCGGCGGCUGAAACGGUUGCUCCGAAUCCGGGAUCGAACGUGGCGCCCGGCUAUCGAGAGGAUAAUAUGUGGUUACAGUAUGACGUAGCGAAGGUACCGACCAACCAGGCGGAAUGGGACGAACCACGGUAUAUGUACACGUCCGAGGGAUGUUUCGGGUGGACGAAAGGUUUCAAGAUGUACGCACCGAGUGCGGAACAGCCGAAGCUAAAUCGUACGAUGGAUGAGAUGAGCGAGCACGAACGUACGAUAUUCGAGUUUUUCAACGAGCAGCAGAACGUCGACACGCUGAUACGGUUCUGGUCGCUGGAGGAGAAAAAGGGACGGGAUGAGUUUAGCAGCUCGCGGAUGUUACUUAUCAAGAUGCUGAUGAAGGUGUUUGGUGAUCAGUUGCUGGACCGCUUUCUGGUGCAUAUGCCGCGGUUAAUUGAAGACAACAAGGUCGAAAGCAAUCAUCGGUGUGUGGUGGAGGUGCUGACGGGAAUAAUGCGCGGUGCCAAGCACUGGCCGUACGACAUGACGCGCGAUAUGUAUGCGCGCGUAGUGCCGCUGAUACGCCUGGGCAUGAUGAAGGUCACCGUUGAUACGGACACGUACUGGGGGAUGUGCUUUGCAACGGCGGCCCAGUCAAUGGAUCCGUCGAAGCAGCAUUGGCUGCACGAGGUGCUGCUGGAAGAUCCGUUGCGGGACGCCAACAGCUUCAACGAUUGCAAUCGGUUGUACUGUUUGCAGGGUGCCUUCAAUCAGCACGUCUGGCGGAUGUCGAGUGUCGCUCACCGGUUGCUGGACUACCUGAAGCCCCAUCUGGACCAUCCGUUCCAGAAUUUGCGCGAUCGGUUAGGGAACACGCUGAUCAACAUCUUUGAGGCCGAUCUUCGGUUCGAGGGCUACGAACCGUGUGGGCUUUCCCCCCGGCGUAGUGAAAUGAUUGCUUUCGUCAUGCCAAAGCUUGCCAUCCUUUUGCAGCAAGAUCCGGAACCACCGAGACCGAUUGUGGAGAAGCGCAUAGCGGUGGAAGAUGAUGGUGCUGGAAAUGUGGAAGCUGGUGCCGCUAAUGUGGUGGCUGCUGCACAGGAGGACAGUGAAUAUGUGAAAGCGGUUCGGUUGUUUAAAACAAUUGCACACUGGGUCACGCACACCAUCCAUCGAUACUCGAACGGCAACGAGCAGGAAUACUUCGAGCUGCUCCCGAUAGCCUGCCGGUUGGAACAUUCCGAGCAGGACAUAGAGUUGAGGAAAAUCUGCACACUGUUGUUGACUUUCAUAUCGCAAGCGCUAACACUGCCAAACUGCAUGGACGUGGCGCUGGCCAAAAUCGACGAGGUGUCCAAAAUGCCCUUCUGGUCGGCUCGACGUGCUGCGAUCGAUGUGCUGCAGAUACAAGUUUUCUACAACAUGACGAUCAUCCUUAGCCGGUCCGAGUGGAAGGCGAAGGUGCAGGAGAUUGUUCUGCGGCUCCUCGGGGACAAUAUGAUCGAGGUGCGCGAGAAGGCGGCGGAGGUGUUGUGCGGUUUGCUGCACUGUUCCUUCCUAACGGCUACCGACGAGCUGCUGGAGAUGUUUAAACGCAAAUGCCGCACGAAGAUAAUACGCACGAAACGCAUCCGAGUGGAAACGGCCCCGAAUUCGUGUUCGAGCGAGAUGGCUAAAAAUGACAAUGCGGAAGCAAAUGCCGUACUAGCUCGGCAUACCGGCGUGCUCGGACUGUGUGCCUUUAUUGCUGCGUAUCCGUACGAAGUGCCUGAGUUUGUACCGAAUGUCUUUGAGCAUCUCGGUGCACAUCUAAACGAUCCACAACCUAUACCGGCAACAAUCAGAAAAACGAUGGGCGACUUUAAGCGCACCCAUCACGAUAACUGGGAAGUGCAUCAGCUAAAGUUCACCGAAGAUCAAUUAGCGGUGCUGAGUGACCUUACGAUUCCACCAUCGUACUACGCGUAAGAAAACGCACCACAAACGUGCAACUGUUUUCCUUUCAUGCACCUGUUUUUGAAUGUGCGCUACGUUAUACGCUUCAGCGUACCGUUUUUCGCUUCUAGCUUUAAAUAGCCGGUCGGAACGGUGUGACAGAUAAUAGUAUAUAUGGAAUGUUAUGUAGUUUUCCAAUUGAUUUUUCCAUUUUUUUUCCUCUGUACUGUACUUUUAUGCCGACAGUAGCAUUAUUCUUCGAUACGACGAUUUGCGAAUAGAAACAUUUCAACCCUGCUAUGCCAAUUCGGGGGUGGCCCGGCUUACAUACACUUUAGUCGAUAGUAGAACACGAGUUAACAACGCAUUGUAGGCACUUUUAUUCAGCUGAAGGGAUUCGUUGAGCUCGGAUCAGUUAGAUCGAAAUUAGGGAGGGUAGCUCAAUAACAACAAGAAGGCGGCUGAAUAUAUUCCAACCUAUUGCAGACACUUGUUCUCGUCGCGCAAAUCCAUCAUUUUUAGCUGUUAGAACGUUUCAAGAUUAGGGGGCUGGUUUUCAUAUGCAUAUUAAUUAACACGGACACAACGCCAAUUUGUUUUACUAUAGUUGGCUAAAAGCGGUCUGCCGUUGGUGACGAUUUGUGUUCAGGUGGUAUAGAAUUGUACACAGCAAAGGAACCGUGAAGACAAUUGGUGACGGAGAGCACCUGUAUAGCAGGGUGUUCAAUAAAUAAACAAUGA